GAAAAACUUUCAACAGUUACUGACAGUUACUGAAGCUUCAGCAUCUUGGCUGUAUGUUAUUUCUUGAGUGUAAUUAAAAUUACUUAAAUUUCUUAGUGCAGAAUUAUGCUCUCUCCUACCUUAAGCAAUGAAAAUAACAAAGGUAUGCUAGAAAGUGAAAUGAAACUUUUGUUCCCAGAAAUCAUCGAUGACAAGAUAAAGACCCUCGAAUUUUUAUUCGCGGCACGUGGUAUUGUGCGAAUUGUAGAUAAACUUGGCAAAGUUUUUGCUCCGGUUAAAUAUGAUAUUCAGGGUAACAUCGACAAACUCGCUACAAGAUACGCAACAAACAAAGAGAAAAAUACAACCCUACAAGACAUGAUUCUAAUUGAAAUAGCUACCGAAACAGCCACCAAUUUCAUUGCUACGGAUGCUUUAAUGUGGUUAACUCGAGGAUUACACAUGUUUUUAUUAUUUUUUGAAAAAAUUGUUCAAGAUGCUAAAACAGGAACACCAACGGAAGAUUUGGUAGCAUUUCUAAAAAAGUCUUACAAAGAAGCCCUAGAACCAUACCAUGGAUGGAUGGCACAACAACUUUUUGAUCUACUUUCGCGAAUGGUUCCUACACGUUCCCAACUUUUACGGGUACUUGCCAACGAACAAGCUGACAACAAAAAUGGUAUUGUUAUUAACGAUAUGGAAAUCUAUUUGAUCCAUUUGCGACGCAACGUUUCGGUAAUACAGUCAUUUUACAAAACACAUAAUUUAGAAAAUAUAGUAUAGAACAUAUUUAAUGUACUAUACAUGAAACACUGUAAGUAUAUUACAUACAUACGUAGUAUCAGUGUCAGUAUCAACUACACACAUAUAAACCAUAUUAUUUACUACAAACAUUUGAUCGGAAACGUGCCAUAGUAUAAAACUUUGAUAAUACUGCUUGAGAAUUCUUGAUAAAUACCAAACAAUUUUGUUAUAUUUUAAAAUACUAAAUUUUAUUAGAUUUUAUUAAAUUUAUAAUU